ACGAUUAUGACGGGUGACAGAUCGCUGACAGCUGAUACCAGCUGACACGGGGAUAAAUAAAGUGGGAGUCGCUUUGUUUGAACGUAAACGUCGAAAGUCAAAAUGUCAUGUUUUCGAUGACGAAGUUCUUCCUAGAUAAAUUUUAAUUACGCAUCAUUUUUGAGAUUGUCACUUUCUCGUUCGUCUGUAGGAUAGAGACACGUAUUACAUAUUUGAUCCACAGUUCUACAUAUAUAAACAAGAUGCUUUAUCCAUACAUCACGUUUGUGAUCCUGUCGUUUAUCUCCACUGUGUUUGGUGGACCAUUGAAUGUGAUACAUUAUCAGCCGGAAGCUGUUCAUCUUUCCUAUGGUGAUAACAUUCAUGAUAUCAUUGUCACCUGGAGCACAAGGAGUGAUACGGAAGAGUCGAUAGUAGAAUAUGGUAUAGGUGGAUUUAUUUUGCGAGCUGAAGGAAAUUCUACUCUCUUUAUCGAUGGCGGUGUGAAAAAACAGAAACAGUACAUCCACAGAGUGUGGCUAAAAGAUUUAACGCCAAACAGCAAAUAUAUAUAUCACUGUGGUAGUCGCUAUGGAUGGUCAAGUAUGUUUUAUAUAAAAACCGCGCCUGAGGAUUCCACAGAUUGGUCACCGCAAAUAGUUAUUUUUGGGGAUAUGGGUAAUGAGAAUGCUCAGAGUUUAUCACGUCUGCAAGAUGAGACGCAACGUGGUUUAUACGACGCUGCUAUUCAUGUUGGUGAUUUUGCUUAUGACAUGCAUAGCGACAAUGCACGCGUAGGUGAUGAAUUUAUGCGACAAAUUGAAUCUGUGGCUGCUUUUAUGCCAUACAUGACGGUACCUGGAAAUCACGAAGAGAAAUAUAAUUUUAGUAAUUAUAGAGCCCGAUUCACUAUGCCAGGUAACUCGGAAGGCUUGUGGUAUAGCUUUAAUGUAGGUCCUGUACAUUUUGUAGCUAUAGAAACUGAAGCUUAUUACUUCAUGAAUUAUGGUAUAAAACAAAUGAUUAAACAAUACGAAUGGUUGGAGAAAGAUCUGCGAGAAGCAAAUAAACCUGAAGCAAGAGCUAAACGACCAUGGAUAGUAACAUUUGGACAUAGACCAAUGUAUUGCAGCAAUGCAAAUGCAGACGAUUGCACGAAUCAUCAAAGCCUGAUUAGAGUCGGAUUGCCAUUUUUAACAUGGUUCGGACUGGAGGAUCUGUUUUUCAAAUAUAAAGUGGAUUUGGAAAUCUGGGCACACGAACACAGUUACGAAAGAUUGUGGCCCAUGUACAACUUUCAAGUGUAUAACGGUAGUUAUGAAGAGCCAUAUAAAAAUUACAAAGCACCUGUGCAUAUAAUUACUGGAUCAGCUGGUUGUAAAGAGGGCCGAGAGAAAUUUGUUCCCGAUCGACCAGCCUGGUCCGCAUAUCGUAGCUCGGAUUAUGGAUACACAAGAAUGAAGGCGUACAAUAAGACUCACAUGUAUCUAGAACAGGUGUCUGAUGAUAAAGAAGGUGCUGUUCUAGACAGGGUUUGGCUCGUGAAAGAGAAUGUUUUACCACAGUACGUAGAAGUUUUUCCUUAGAAUAAUAUAAAUGCCAUUUAAUUAGCGCCAUGUGAUAAAAUAGAAAACACAAUCAAGAAUAUAUAAAAAAUUUGUCAAGCAA